AUGACAUUGCCUGAUAAACAAGUAGAAUAUUUCUUUCUUGAAACUGUACUUUAUUGGUCAUCAAAUAAUUUUAUUUUUCUCAAAGGUGAGGAAAUUAGCGAUUCACAACCUAUGGAACUAUGUUUAGAAUCUUAUCUUGAACGAUGGCUUAAUGUUGCUGAAAAUCUAAGCUCAUGUUUAUUAGCAUUGCUAUCACGUCUACAAACUAUUAAAUGGUCACAUCUAUCACUUGUACGUGUAUUAUAUUCAUUACAAACAUUUGCUUUGAAUCAUCAAAAUCAAUCUUUAUUAAAUGAUGAACAUAUUAAAAUAUUUUCGUCAUUAAUAUUAACACAAUUUAAUACAUAUGCGCCAGUUCUUCAAUUUCUUUCAUCCGAAGAUUUAAAUGCAUCAUUAGAUACUCGGCUGUUUUCGCUUGAUAAUACUUUAUUAGAAUAUCGUCAAACAGCAUUUUUACUUGAUCUUCUUGAUAAUCGUAAUACAGAUAUAUUAAAAACAAUAUUUAAUCCAUUAAUUGAAAAUAUUCGAACAGCCUAUCAACGUCCAUAUAUGUCAAUAAAUAAUGUUCGAAGAUCAAUUGAACUUUUUUCGGGUUUAAUACAAGAAAAUUAUUUUCAUUCAUCAAAUUUUAUUAAAGAUUGGCUUUCAUCAAGUAUUCGAUUAGUUGUACGAGAAAGUUUAAAUUUUAUUAAAAUACAUUCCCUUCUACCAUUACUCGAUCAACCCAAUAUCAGCAUUCCACAAGCCGAUAUGUUAAUUGCUAAACAUUUAUUAAUUGCUAAUAAUAUAUCAUCAGUGGAUUUAUGUGAUAAUAUCAUCGAUGAUUUAUUUAAAGCAUCACCAAGAGAACUAUACCUUAUGCCUUUCGUGCUAUCGGCGGUGUCUUACUUCGUCAAACACAAACAACGAAUGAAAUUAAAUGUAAACUAA